ACUGCCACUUCAUUUCACCGUUCUGUCGAAAUCACCACUUGGAUUUUCUCUCUCUGUAAAAACCUCUCGCGCUCUUCUGUCUCUCUCUCUUUAGAUCUCGUACGCAGUCGCGCACAACUAAUGUAAACUAAUUUUUUUGGAUAAGCUAAAUGUUCUCGGAAAAUUUUUAAUUUUCUUGGGAAAAUUUUCGAGAUGGACGAGAUCUUCUUUGAUAUGAUGGAGUUUUUGAAGAGACCUUCGAUAACCGAAACAUUUGUCGACAUUCUGCUAUGUGCAGUACCUAUUUGGCUGGCCGUGAUGAUUGGCAUGGUGAUCGGCUGGUCGUGGCGGCCGAGAUGGACCGGAUUGGUGUUCCUGGGUGUCCGGAGCAAAUUCAGGUUCAUCUGGACCGCGCCGCCCGGGUUCGGUGCUCGUAGGCUGUGGCUCGCUGUUACGGCUCUUUCGGCUGUCUCGGCUUGCCGCGCGCUUUGGAAUAAUUUCAAAAGUAAAAGCGUGAAAUCUGCUUCCGGUCCGGUGCCUGCGCCGAUGGCCGCGGUGGGAAGCGGCGAUGAUAUAAGCCCCAGUAGUGUAACUGUAGAGAGAGAGCAGGAUGUUGUUACAGAGAAUGAUUUAGAGCACCUAUUGCAUCUACUUGAAGGGAAGGAUGGAGAGAUGGAAUGGCAAAGACUGAUGGAGAGGUCCAACCCAAACAUGACAUACCAAGCUUGGCGCCAUGAGCCUGAGACAGGUCCUACAGUUUACCGUAGUAGAACUGUCUUUGAGGGUGCAACUCCAGAGUUGGUCAGAGAUUUCUUUUGGGAUGAUGAGUUUCGACCAAAGUGGGAUCCUAUGCUUACAUACUUUAAAAUAUUGGAGGAGUGCCCUCAUACUGGGACAAUGGUUGUUCACUGGAUAAAAAAGUUCCCUUUUUUCUGCAGUGAUCGAGAAUAUGUCAUUGGUAGGAGAAUAUGGGAGGCUGGAAAGACUUAUUAUUGUGUGACCAAGGUACUGGUUGGAGUUUAGACUCCCAGAUUUAGG